GUCAGGUGUCCGAUUCACAUCCACCCGAAGCAGGCAUCAGACGACACACCACAGCACACGACACGGACACACGUAGAUAGAUGAGUCGGUCGCUCGUUGCAUCCGCCGGCCCCGCCUCACCUAUCGGCUCACAACUCAGUGCAGCUGUCAACCGGUGGAUGAGAUCCAGCAGUCCAAUGCAGCGAGCGACCAGACCCAACACAUGGAAGAAUGAAUGAAUCAAACCAGUGUCCGUCCGCACACCGCACCAGCCCCCACUGCGCUUCUCUGCUCGCGAGUGACCGACGGCCCUUCAAAAUGCCCGUGUUGCGUGCGAGUGAGUCUGUCUGUGGGAUCACUCGUCGUCCUCCUCGUCGCCCCCACCGGCGCCCUUGGACUUCUCCUUGCGUCUGCGCACGCGUCCGGGUCUGCCGCCGCCGAAUGGGCUGGUGAGCGCGAAGUCGAUGUGCUUCUCGCUCUCGAGGUUGACCAUGAAGGAGGGCACGUUGACGAUCUGCUUGCCCACCCGGAUGUGGCGCUGGCGGAUGAGCACACGGGCGUGGUGGAUGGACUUGGCCAGGCCCAGCUUGAACACCUUGGUCUGCAGCCGACGCUCCAUGAACUUGGCAGUCGUCAAACCCAACACGUAAUCCAACUUCUGCUGACCCUCAUCUGCACACACACAGAACAAACCACACACCACACCACGCCACACACGCAAUGGUCAGUCACACCAGACAGAUCACCCCCCCUCUCCCUCUCGCGUGCAUCGCGUGUGUGUGUGUGUGUGACAUCCCUCCCUGUGUUCACUCACCGAGGAGUCCCAUUCGCACCAUCCGGCGCAGGAGGGCAGCUCCCUGGAACACGCGGAUGGGGUCCUUCUCCUCGAGUGUGAGGAGGUGCCGUGCCGCCGCCCGCAUCUUGGAGAGGGUGUACUGGACGCGCCACACCUCACGCUUGUUCUUCAGGCCGUACUCGCCGAUGAUCUUCAUCUCGCUGUCCAACCGCUCCUUCUCGAACGGCCGCUUGGGCGUGUUCGCCACCUUUGAGUGCGUGCGGUAGCGCUUCGGCAUCUCGG